AUGGAUGUCUCCACGACAUCAGCUGAUGACGUGCUUAAAAAGCGUUAUGCUGAGCUUGCGGAGAAAACAGUUACGGCAAUAGCGAACGAAGGACCACCACCAAACAUCAAUGAUCGACCAGCAAUUCCAAACUCUCUUCCUACAUUGCCACGUUAUGAACCUCCUCCACCACGUCGACCUCAACGUCCACGACCUACGUGUCGUAUGUUUUUUCCAACGUCGGGCCAUCUGGGUUUUGAUACAGUCAAAUUGACUACAGAGCUACCAUCGAUCGAAACAGUUCGUGAAAUGGUCAUAUAUGAAACACGUCUUCGGUUGUCGGAUUCAAUUCAAGAAAUUAUGGAUCAGUACUAUACUGACGAGUGUGCUGUUACAUUCGUUCACGAUCUCAUUCAAAAACAUGUGGUAGAACAUUUUGGCUAUUAUGAUGUCAAUGCACUACGCACUGCUUUACAUCGUUUUCCAAAUGAUCCCGUUAUUCAAGCCGCUUUCUAUGUCAAAUACAACAAAAUUACACAAGGAAUAGUUAACCAAGGUCAAUGUGCUCGUGAUGUCGAUUUAUAUACAACAGAUGGUCAUCUUACUACUUUAUUUUCGCAAAUGUCAUCUGGUCAACCAUUGAUAAUAUUGGCCGGGUCAACUAGCUGA